AUGGACCGGCGGCGACGCGCGGACGAUGGCGAUGGACGGCGUCGACGCAGUCGCAGUCGCAGUUUCAGCCCCGUGUCUUCGCGACUGCGCUACCAGCUGCGCAGACGCCACACUCGGCCUCCCCCGGUGCCCAGCACCCCGCACCGGCGUCGACGCCGUGCUACCAAGGACACUAAUGAGAACGGCAAGCGUAGUCGAAGCCGCAGUCGCUCGCAUCACGGCAGCCGCUCUUCGAGGCGAAGAACAGACUCGAGAGCGCCGCGAUCCAGGUCCCGAUCCAGAUCCAAGAGGAGACACUCGGGCACCCGAUCGCGUACUGGGUCCAACGGCAGUCACCGCCACCGUCGACGAUACAGCGGCCGGAAGCGGUCAUCGCGCACCGAUAGCCAGACACGCGGACGACGUGGCAGUUCUGAGAACGACUACAAUGGCCGCCGUCGCUCAUCGCGUGGCAAGAACAAGCAGCGGCACUCGCGGCGACGCGACUCGUACCACGACCGGGAGCCACUGCCGCCUCCGCCGCCGGCUCAGAAGGACGGCAGUGAAGACAGCGUGGCUCACGACGACACAGUGGGCAGCUACGAUGGAAAACCUGGGGAAUACAUUGCCAACCGCUACAAAAUCAUCCGUGAAGCGGGUCUGGGCACGUUUGGCCGCGUGCUCGAGUGUCUAGACAAGCAACGCAACAUCGUGGUGGCCAUUAAAGUGGUACGCCAGGUGGAAAAGUACACUGAAUCGGCCAAGAUCGAGGCUGCAAUCCUACAGGACGUGAACGACAAGGACAAGAACAACGAGUCGCUCUGUGUGCGCAUGUUCAAGUGGUUUGAGUAUAAGGGCCACGUAUGCAUGGUGUUCGAGCGCCUGGGCUGCUCGCUGUACGACUACUUAAAGAACCACGACUACAAGCCCUUCCCGCUGCACUGUAUCCGCGCCUACGCAUGGCAAUUAUUGACGUCACUUGAGUUUAUCCACAGCAUCCGACUCAUCCACACAGAUCUCAAGCCCGAGAAUAUUCUGCUGGUGGAUGACGAAGAGGAGAGACUUGCAUGCGAUUCCUCUUCGCCAUCGUCGACGUCUUCCUAUGGCUCACCCGAUGGCUCUUCUGGACGUGAGCAGUGGUCUAAUGGGCGACAGUGGAAAAAACGAGAACGCGCCAUGUCGGAUGUAGACACUGGACGACUGUCCCUGCGGCCACCAGCAAAUAACGCAGUAAAGCUAAUUGACUUCGGCGGCGCCACGUAUGAAGACGAGUCCAAGAGCUCCAUUAUCAAUACCCGUCAAUACCGAUCACCCGAAGUAAUUCUUGGCCUCGGCUGGAGUUAUCCGUCGGACAUUUGGUCUGCGGGGUGUAUUAUCGCAGAAUUGUACCUAGGCGAACUGCUGUUUGCCACUCACGAGAACAUGGAGCAUCUCGCGCUCAUUGAGCGCUGUCUCCAACCCCUGCCUGUGAAGAUGGCGACCCGGGCAUCCAAGAAUUCGUGUUCGGCCAAGUUUUUCCACCGCGGCCGACUGAAUUGGCCUGCUGGUGCCUCGAGCGACGAGAGUGUAGACCACGUACGGAGGAUGCGAAAGCUGGAAGACUUGAUCUCCCCCGAAGACGCGAAGAGCGGUCUGCUUGACUUGCUGCAACUCAUGCUGGUGUUGGAUCCCGAGAAGCGGGUGACAGCCAGGGAAGCCCUCAAAGCGCCAUUCUUCGAUGGAUUCUCGUAUCGCAACAUCGUGCGAGCUGGUCAUAAUGAUGGAUCAUGGAGUGGUCACUGA